AUUGCAGAUGCAGAAGCAUUGGCCAACCGCUAAAGCUCAUGUAGGCCACAGGGCAAUGACAGCAGCAACCUCACAUGUGCAAUUUAGACAUGUACGUGUUUAGAUGGGCUUAUCUCAAGUCAUCUUAUCUGAUAGUUUAACAGUUUAACAGACAAACUCUAAAUGGAGAUGAGGAGUGACUAAAGCUGCUUGGGUCUCUGUUCAAGUGGCUGUAGGAAUGGAGGAAGACCAAGGACCAAGCAGUGAUGGGUCCCAAACGACAGAGGCGAAGAAACCGUGUCGUAAAUCUGACACCAAGAGGUACAGUGAGAUCCUCAGGGACUUUGAUAACUUUGAACUGUCUUUGAUCUGCAAUGCAGGGGAAGAUCUUCUGGCUGAUAUUGAUUCACCAAGUGCUGAGUCCACAGAGCCAAGCGAGGAGCCAAAUGAGGAGCCAAACGAGGAGCCAAAUGAGGAGCCAAAUCAAGAGCUUCCAAAUGAAGAUCCACAAAAUGACGAUGAACCUGAAGUUGAUCAAAACAACCGAGCCCAGGAGGCAGACCUGGCCCUGUGUCGCUGUGAGGAUGGAGUGGAGACCGCCCUGCAGUACGCCAAAAUGUGGUGCCGCUACGCUAAGGACCUCCUCAGCUGGAUGGAAAAGAGGAUCGGCCUAGAGCAAGAAUUUGCAAAGAAUGUUAUAAAGGCAGCGGAAGGAGCAAGAACCACAGUAGCACAACAGGAAAUGAUGCCCCUGCAGUACAUUUUCACAAUGGCCUUUGAGCAAGACAUUAAAAAUAGUCUUACAGCAAGAAAAAUGUCUGACUUGAUACAACAUCGCUGUUACCAGGCCUUGUCUGCAAAGAAAAAUGAGAUUGACAAGUGGCGCCGGGAGUUCAAAGAGCAGUGGAUCAAAGAGCAACGGAAGAUGGAUGAUGCAGUGACAGCUCUCAAAAAGGCUCGGCAUCAGUACUUCCAACGCUGUAAUGAACUGGAAAAGGCUAAAGCUAACAGUGCUAAGGCAGCAGAUGACUCUACUGGCAUGAAGACACUGGACAAGAGAAGGAAAUCUAAGGAUGAAGCUCAAACUAAAGUUAUGGAGGCAGAGCACUUGUACCGUCAGUGUGUGAAUGAUGCCAGGAUUCAACAGGAUGAUUUAGUGAAGGUCAAACAAAGGAUCAUUUCACACAUAAGAAAACUCAUAUGCCAAGGAGAUACUGUGCUAAAAGAGGCAACAGUGAAUAUGUUUUACUACCAGCGGCAGCAGACAGAGCCGGUGCCUCUGAGCUAUCACAACCUGGAGCUGUCAUCUCGGUCGCUGGAGCCCGGUGAGCCCUACCUCCUGUAUGUUCUCGGCAAACCGCGACAAGAUCAGCCCCUUCAAGUCUUCACAUUCCAGGAAUAUGUCUCUCAAGGCAAAGGGAACAAACGGAAAACCAGCAAUCCUCUCUCAACUGUGAUGGACUCCUAUCCUGUGACAGACGAUGGCCCAGGCAGACGUGCUAGUGAUGGAAGGAGAUCUGCGUACAGUGAUUGUGACAGUUUUGGAGGGAGUCAGGAGUCCCUGUCUAGCCCUGCUCACAGUAACAGGAGAUUACCCAAAACCGCAUCCACCUUAACAGUGUCGUCAGAUGAUCUGGAUGACCGAGACCUGGCAUCUGAAUCAGAGUACCUCAGUGACUCUCCAUGCAAAUCACGUCCAGUUUCUCGAGCUGUCUUAACCCACCACCUCAGAAAGAUGAAGAGCAAAAUGGUCAAAUGCAAACAGUGCGAUAACUACAUUGUUGUGAAUGGAGUCGAAUGUGAAGAAUGUGGUUUGGCCUUGCAUAGAAAGUGUAUGGAGGGAUAUCACCUGGAGUGUGAACAUGCCAAGGGCUCAGUUUUUGGAGUAGACCUGUCCCUCCUACCCCGAGACAAACCAGACGAGGUCCCCUUUGUAGUGCUGCACUGCAUUGCUGAGAUUGAGAGUCGAGCCCUCUCUGUUCAGGGGGUGUACCGGGUGAGUGGAGCCAAGCCUCGCAUUCAGAAGUUAUGCCAGGCCUUUGAGGAGCAGAAGGAGCUGGUGGAUCUCUCUGACCUAUCGCCACACGAUAUUACUUCAAUUCUAAAACACUUUUUCAAAGAGCUUCCCGAACCUUUACUCACUUUUGAGCUGUUCAACGACUUCAUUGACGUGGGGAAGACGAUUCAACAUCUGAGCGAAAGGCAACAGCCUCCAGACACUAACGAGAUCAUGGACGUCAUCACCAGCCUACAGAGUAUUUUACAGAGACUUCCAGCGUACUGCUAUAGCACUCUGCAGCACUUGAUGUGUCAUUUGCAAAAAGUUUCAGAGAACACAGAAAACAAAAUGAGUGCCAGUAAUUUGGGUAUCGUCUUUGGACCUACACUACUGCGCCCCCUAGUGGCCUCAAACACCAUGCUUGCACUGCAAGAGACCAGUUACCAGGCUGUACUCAUUGAGUUCCUCAUUACACACCACAAUAAGGUUUUUAUGGUUCAAGAUCGCUCCAGCACACCUCUUCCUCCAGUCCCCAAUGCGCCUCUCCCACAAACUCCGCCCAGAGCUUCUUGUCCUUUGGAGCAAGUGGAGUUUUCCUCUCCUGAGCGCCCACACUCCUUAGAGACUCGCAAAAUCAAGAGAGAGUCAAGCGAGGGUUAUAUAUCUGACAAAUCUUCAUCCAAUGAGGCAGUGGACCAGCUCAGCUCUGAAGUCAAUGACAGUGCAGUCCUGGCUUUGAAGGAAGCAACAAAUGAAACCAAGGAUGACUCUGUAAACUCAGUAUUUUCAAGCCAACCACACUAUCGCUUUACCAGACAACCUGUGAAGUACCAUCGUCAUCAUGGUAAUCACAGCAGCAUUGGGUCCAGACGCUCAAAUCCCAUCCCAGAGCGGGAAUCUGCCCCUUCCAGGAGCUGUCCAGGCAGUGCAGACAGCAGCCGCAGCUCAUCUCCAGAUCCAUGGACACAAAGACCUCCAAAAUCUGUCAAUUCAAGGCUUCCACAACAGGGUGUUAUGGGAUCGGAGGGUACACCGAAUGCCCCUGUAAACCCCCGGGAAGUGGUGGAAUAUAUGCUAGGGUUAGACUCCAGAUUUCCAGUAAAAGUGGAGACAGCAGCAGAGCCCAAACCGGAUCCUAACAGGAACCAUAGACUGCCUGUUGAUAAAGGACAUGGUUUUAGUCAUUUAUCAAAACCUCCUAUUUUUAUGGAGCAGAUUGUGACCUCACCUGCCCAAAAAAUCCUCUCCGGACUCAAGCUAAGGCGCAGUCACUCAGGCAAAGAUGAGCAGCUCUUUGUAUAAAUGCAUGCUCACAGCAUAGUGACUGUAAUUGUAAAAAUUGUAUGUAUUUGUAUGACUAUAAUUUGACCUUUUUUGCCUUCUUGUCCUUUACACAGUUCAAAAGUUUAAGCAGAAUUUCUAGAAUUCACACCUUUGUAGCUCGUAAUCCUUUGAUCUGGAUCCAGCUGUAUUGUAGCCAAACCGGUCUACAGUAGUACCUUCACUUGUGUCUGGAGAUAAAGAGUAGGCAGGUCUACAGGUUUCACUGUCAAACUGUCUCAAAACAUUUGUUAGAAAGUGUUGGUGCUUUGUGUAAAUAAACAUUGCUAUAAUAAUGUUUUAAUGUA